CUUCUGAGGUCAGCGAUGUAUCAAGAGGUGUUUUGCCUCUCUCGAGGCAUCGAGGCUCUUAGAUUACUCAACAACGAGCCAAAAGAAUGCCCGAAUUUCGAGAGAAGCAGUGCCUUAAGAAGGCGGGUUGUGAAAAAUCAAAAACGACCGGUUUUGAAGAGACAAAAUUCCAGAAGGAGCUUUGACGAUUGUUUGGAAAGAUGUGGGGUUAUUGAAGAAGCUGUCAAUACUGUAAAAGAUGGAUAUUUGAAAGAGUAUUGGAAGUGUUUGAACCAGCUGAAAAUGAUUAAGAUCCGGCGCAAGAGCAAUGGAAACGCGAUGGUGAAUAAACAGUUAAGGCAGAAAGUGGCGGAGAAGAAAUACAGUGACGAAAAGUUGGGGAUUUGGAAGUUGCGGUGGAGAAACAGGAGGAUUCAUCCUGUGUGCGAUGUAAGGAUCCAACAAGUCGACGGUGGAUUUUUCGAAAAAUUUGGCUCCCUCUUCAGGGAACAGGCCGAGCUCGUUGUAGCGCAGGAGCAGAUCGAAAAACAAAAAGUAGCCGAAGCCGCUGCGGAGAUUUCCCCGGAUAAAUUAGAAGAAGAAAGCGACAGCGACCAACCGUUGCCGACGGUCGAAAGCGACGAAGUGUCAGUCGCUUCAACUGAUUCAGAAAACGAGACCGAGAAAGAUCAGACUGAUCUUAUAGCGACAGCAUUGAAUAUUGAUGAACUCUACCGUGAAGUAUUGUAUGAAAUUCUUCACAAUGUCGGCUGUGACGUUAGUUGUGAAAUCGGACAGACUGCCCUAUUCUCCUAUGCCCAAGAUGCCUUCAAGAUCUCCAACGACAAACACAGGAUGCUCAUGGAAGAGGCGGAACAGAAGAAGGCCCCCGACUUAAUGAUUAAUGUUGAGAUAAUAGAAGCCAAAGAUCUUAGACCAAAAGACUCCAAUGGAUUAAGUGAUCCAUUCGUGACAUUAUAUCUUGCCUCCUGUACUGCCCACAGAUAUAAUUCAUCCGUAAAACCGAUGACACUGAAUCCGGUAUGGGAAGAACACUUCGCUCUACCUAUCCGACAAAACACCUCUGACGAAACUCUUUGUCUAGAAGUAUGGGACUUCGACCCAGCCGAAUCUGUUAAGGAAAAAUUGGGCAAAGUGUUCGAUGUUAAAGGACUGAAGGGCAUGAGAAAGUUGGUGAAAGAGAUUGCUGUAACUGCCACGUCUGGUCAACACGAAAAUGAACUGAUUGGAAAAGCCAACAUUCCUUUAAGUGCGAUUCCUGCAUCCGGUAUGACGAUGUGGUACAGUCUGGACAAAAAGAAUAAAAUCGCUCGACAAGGGGUCUUGAAAGUAAGGAUCGCAUUUAGUUCCGAAAAGAACAAUAAAGUUGCAGAACAAGAAUAUAGGCAUUUGUUAAGGAUUAUAUUACUACAUGAAUUGGAAACAUCCAAAGUAGCUCCCCACUGGUGGUGCGGAUCCUUCACUCCCCAAGGAGAACAGAUCCUCACCCAACACAUCGCCCAAUCAGGCCUUUCGCCGAUAGAAGUGGCCGUGUGCCAGUACUGCGUUUUCGCAGCCAUCCAUCAAAACCACGCUCUGAGCCUCACCCUCUUUUCCAACCUAUUGGACAAGAUAGUCAGAGCUGUCCAAAGCAGCGGUAUGUGCGAAGAAGAUAUCAAACUGUUUUGGGACGCUACGAAAAAGUUACUACCGUCGUGUGUGAAGGUCAUAAGGAAGAUCAGGAAGAAGAACAUAAACGAGAAGACGAAGAUGAAGCAAGUGACUGAGGUACUUAGAAUCCUUAACAACAUCAAUUCACUGGAACCUCCGCCAAACUUUGAUCUCUUUCCCGUGAUGCUGUAUCCUUGGAUAACAUUCCGAGAGGAACCAAAUUGCGACAUUCCCUCUAUAAUCAAUGAUGCCGUUUCGCAAGGUGCGCUGGAUUGGUUGAAUCACAUUCUCGAAAAUAAUAAGAGGCCAGAUGAGUCUGAUUUGGCGAGGUUGCAGAAUAUGAUACAGAUCAUUCAGUUGGUUAGGAGCGAUCUGCAGAAAGCUAUAGAGUUUUAUGACAAACUAUUUCAAGAGACUGUUAAUUUCCAAUAUGCCAAAGCACUAUACGUAUUUUACCAAGCAAAACUAUCAACGUUCUGCGAACCAGAGGUUGUGGAAAUAUGCAAAGGCCUUAAGAAACUUAACUACGGAUACGACCAAAUCGACGGUGAAGUUAGUAUGGACCCUCUUUCCGAAGGUACUUCGCUUUUUGAGCUGUACCUGGCUAUACAAAGGUUCCACACUUUAGGAGUUGGUUUGUGCCCUGCAGACUGUGAUAGUUUUCAUAUUAAAAACUUCCAUGAAUGGUUCCACGGAGGUGUGGCUCAGUGGUUAGACAUUGCGGUCUACAAAGCCUUGCAAAGGAUCGAAAAAGCCGUGGAGUUAGAUCAGCUGGUUCACGUCGACAAUACGGUCAAAUACAGCUCUUCGGCUGUGGAUACGUUGACCAUUUUUUAUCAGGUAAAAGUUUUCUGGCAACAGCUGAAUUGGCCUGACGUAGAAAGUUGUUAUACUUUCAUAGCCAAAAUAAUCGAUGAUAUAUGUAGAUGUUCCGUGUUCUACGCGGACAAGAUGGCAGCUCGCGUGGACGGCUUGGGAGACACCCAAGACAUCUACGAGAAGAGGUUCGAAGUGACCAACGAAUGGUGUUUGGCCAUCAACAACAUCGACUACGUUCGGGAAACGCUGGAGCCGUUUACGAGAGACCUCGGAAUGACUGAAGUUAUUGAAAAAAUCUGUGAUUUGAAAAGUCCGUUGGACGGACAGAGGUGCGAACAAACCUUGGAGAACGUCAUCGCUAAUGCCAUCGAUACCGUCAGGAAUAAAAUCAUAGAGUUGCUGGAAACAGUAGUAAACAAGAUGGCGCCAUCUAUGAAACGGCUUCUGAUAGAAGGAGCAGAGCUAUGCGAUCAGGACUCUAAUAGUAUGGACAGGCUAAUGAUGUACGUGGACAAUAAUUUGUGUACUUUACACCGAGAACUGAACGACGAAAAUUUCAAUAGGACGUUGGAGAUCGUUUGGAAUAUGCUGGCCGACACUUUGGAGGACAUCAUACAAACUAAUGUAGACAAACGACGACCACCUUCAUUUUUCGCCAACCUCCAUAAAACCUUAAACCUAAUGUUGGGUUCGUUCAAGAAUCCCAAUGACUGUGAUAGCUGUGAUGCUCUGACCAGAACUGAACAAACGUUAAGGGUACACGGACUAGAAACUACUGAUUUAAUUCACGAAGUACACAAAAAUUUAACCGCCAAAUUCAAAAACACAAAAGAUUCUCCAUUCGGAGAGAUCUCAGUUAGAGCCAAAUUCCAAGACAACGAUCUCAUCGUUGAAGUAAUGAACGCCAGAAACCUGAUGGCCAUGGAUUCGAACGGAUCCUGUGAUUCCUUCGUACGGGUUCACCUGUUACCCGAGCACAAGUUCAUUGGGAUAGAGAAACCGAAGACUAAAACCCACAACCGGAUGCAGUUUCCACUGUACGACGAACAAUUCACAUUCAAUUUAACUUGCGACCAGAGGCAGAUAGAAGAUGCUUUAAUACUGUUUAGCGUCAAAGAUAAAGAUUUGUUGGGAUAUAACAAUCAGUAUAUCGGCGAGGCUUUCUUGCCGUUUAGCGAGAUAGAAGACACUUCGGAGUAUAUCACCAACUUGUCUCAAGUUCAUUUACCCUUGGACAGGCCUACAGAAAGCAGCUUACAAACGAUCGAAAUACGCGCUUUGGAGCACAGACAGGGUGAAAAAUUAGCCAAAGAAUUUUUAAAGAAGUUCAAGCAGAGGAUGGGCUCCUGAUCUUUACUUAAUAGACUGUUUUACUUUAAGAUUCGAAGCUACAGAAGAGACAGGGUCACACCCGUGUUUUAAUAGAGACAGUGCUCAACAAGGCAAUGAAUUGUUACCAACAAGAAUCAUUUUUAUAUUUGGCAACGCUUUAUUAGGGAUCAUAUAUUAGGACUUUCUUUUGAUAAGUAUUUUUAAAACAUCUAGUAGAUAAUUUAUACUGCGGAACCAAUAUCUUCAUUGUAAUGGAGGUUCAGAAGCAGAUUUAAGACAUUUUGACAUUGUAGGAUAUAAUAAGAUAUUGGAGACCAAGGCCAAAGCGCGGUUGCCGGAUUGCAGCUGAUUCUGUCUCAGUACGCCACAUCUGCGCAUAAACCAAAAUUUUACAUAGUGGAUAAACGUUUCUUGUGGGGAUCUACUUUGUCGAUGAUUUGUAAAAUUAUUUGAAUAUUUGCUUAUCUGAAUCGCGCGGUAUACGUACUAUAUUGGAAUUCGUCAUUAUAACAAUUUAUUGCCAAACAAUGUAAGUAACCAUUAUUUUUUAACUUGUAUCGUCAUAUUACUUGCUAUACUAAGCGUCGAUGUAUAUUAUUUGUGUUUAAAAACCAUGUAAAUCAUAUUUUUUUAUUGUAACUAUAUCGAAAUAAUCGCAAUAAAAUUAGAUUUGAUCAAAAAUAAAUAUGUAUUUUUA